ACAGUCAGUUUUUGUGUGGCAUAGUGGCUGCCUAGCCACGGGCCGGCAGUCGCGCCAGUCGUCUUUGGACCGGGCACCGGCGUGUUGAUAGGGGAGCGGUGACCCGUGCGUGAGCUUCCGAGUCUCGCGUGUCGCCGGGGCCGUCGGUAGGUGUCGGAUUCUCCUCGGUAGGCGGAGUGGACGGUGGGCUCAGGUGCUGUGGUUCAACAGAGUUGAGUGCCGUGAACGACUCUGUGCAUGGUCGGAUAUUGUGCCAGGCGAGGUUGUCUCAGUGCAGUGAGGUGACAUUUGUGAGUCAGUUCAGCCGACUCCCAGCACCGAUGCGCGCUGCCGGCCGGCUGACUACUCAUCUGGGCACGAUGCGGGUGGGCCGGCUGCUGACGGUGGCCGUCCUGCUGACCGUGCUGCUGGCGGAGCUGGGGGACGCUCAGGUGUACCAGCCGCCCGACUGGCUGGCAGAGUUCAUCUACCACCCGCUGCUCACCGUCAUUGUGCGCGUGUACGAGUUCUGCAAAAAUGUCAAAGGAGGCUGGAAAACGUUCCUGGGCCGGAGGCGUCGCUCGCUGGACUCACCCUCCGUCGACGAGGCCGGUGACCCGUGUGACCUGCGGGUGCCCUGUCUGGCCCUCAAGGCGAUGGACGCAGGAACCCUGGACCAGUGGGUCGAGGAAAGGUGGCCGGCUGCCGCUGGCAAGUGGCGGUCGCAACCGCAGCUGGCGAAGCUGCUGGAGCGCCUGGAGCAGCUGCAGCGGGAGGAGCUGCCGCACAGCCGCCAGCUGCGCCGCAGGGCGUGUCAGGUGGUCCUACAGCGCUGCCCGGCCAGCUAGGAGGCCGGCGCGGUGCCGCGGACUCAGAGGGGCCGCCGCGAGGCGAAGAGUGUGUGAGGGCGAGCGAUAGACUGGUGACGUUAUGGUACGACUGGUGACGUCAUACGAUCUAGCCAUAUGACAUCACGGCUUGGAUAUGACGUUAUUCGGUCUGUACUUGUGACGCCACAGUCUGAACAUGUGAUCUUCGGUCUGGAUAUAUGCCGUCGCAAUUCUGAGGUGACGUCUUGCGAUAUGACCAUGUGAUGUCAUAUGAGCUGGAUAUGCAUAUGGAUGUAUGAAGUCACAAUAGGGUGGUUUGAAGGUUCGGUUAGGACCGGUACCAGUGACUUUGAACCAAUGUCUGAAGAUGUGUGAUGUCUGUCCGAAUGUCGGUCGGAGCCUGAUGCCUGUUGUGGAUGUUGCGCAGGGGACGUUUGAAUGACUUGAUGGGGUAGAUUGCCUUUGGCAGCGAUAUUCAGCUGAGCUGGUUUACGCUGCCAAGUCUGCCCACUCCUGCUGUCUGAAAAUGGACGAACGGGGGAAACCUGACAGCGGUAGAGAAUUCACAUAUCGGACCUCGAGUCCCAGCCUGUUAGCUCGUUAUUCACGCUAUGGCGCUGUUACAGCUGUUGUUGCUUUCGUUGUUACUGCUGUUGAAGGACUGCGCUUGUUAUUGGUCUGGGGAUGAGCGACAAUCUGGCCAUGACGUGUUCGUUGCUUGUUUCGCGCGUGGUCAGAACGUUUUUUUUUAAGUUACCACAUGGGGUUCUAUAUAGUAUAUGCAGAGGUCUGUUGUUGCGACGAAGAUUCUCUGACCAAGACGUUUCCGUCCCAGAGGCAGCGUUACGAUUGUUAGAUUGUUAAUUUAUUCGCCGUUAUUGGCGAACGAACGAGGUAUCGACUUGUUUCUAGGUCAAUAAAUUUAUUAAGCGCAA